UGAAGUGUUCUAAUUGUUGCAAUUCAGGCUCCUUUUGGGGCACACUUGUCCAAGGAUAUUGUUUAGAGCUUAAAGCGAGAGCUGUACUCGACUUCCAGAGAAUGUGGAAUGUACAUAAGUUCUUCAUCUUCUUUUAUCUUACCACAGAAAUUUGGACACAGAAGUUGUAUUUAUCUCAAAGAAAAGCAGACCUGGGAGUUUAUUUCUCUAGGAAUCACACCGCUGUGGAAGGUAUUCGUUUCAAAAGAUCCAUUUUUCAAGGGCAGUACUGUAGAAGCUUUGGUUGUUGUAAAGACAGAAAUGAUGAGUGUGUCACUGAGUUCUAUGAGGCAAAUGCAUUGUGUUACUGUGAUAAGUUUUGUGAAAGGGAAAUAUCUGAUUGCUGCCCUGAUUACAAAUCCUUUUGUCAUGAAGAGAAAGAAUUGCCACUUCACACGCAGUCUUGGAAUCCAGAAGGUUGCAGCAAGAAUGGUCAACAUUAUGAAGAAGGAACAGUAAUUAAAGAAAACUGCAAUUCCUGCACAUGCUCGGGACAACAGUGGAAAUGUUCCCAGCGGAAAUGCCUUGUACUUCCAGAGCUAAUCGAACACAUCAACAAAGGAGACUAUGGAUGGACAGCACAGAACUACAGCCAAUUCUGGGGAAUGACGUUGGAAGAAGGCUUCAAAUUUCGCCUUGGCACCUUGCCACCCAGCCCCAUGCUCCUGGGCAUGAAUGAGAUGACAGCUUCUUUACCUGCAAGAACUGAUCUUCCGGAGUUCUUCGUUGCUUCCUAUAAGUGGCCUGGAUGGACUCAUGGGCCACUGGACCAAAAAAACUGUGCCGCAUCCUGGGCAUUUUCCACUGCAAGUGUGGCAGCUGACCGAAUAGCAAUUCAAUCGAAUGGUCGAUACACAGCCAAUUUGUCUCCUCAGAAUUUAAUCUCUUGCUGUGCCAAGAACCGUCAUGGAUGCAACAGUGGAAGUGUCGAUAGGGCUUGGUGGUACCUGAGAAAACGUGGACUUGUUUCCCAUGCAUGCUAUCCACUUUUCAAGGACCAAAAUGUCGCAAAUAAUAGCUGUGCCAUGACAAGUAAGGCUGAUGGGAGGGGAAAACGUCAUGCCACAAAACCAUGCCCCAAUAACAUAGAGAAGUCCAACAGGAUCUACCAGUGUUCUCCUCCAUAUAGAGUCUCUUCCAACGAAACUGAGAUAAUGAAAGAAAUGCUGCAAAAUGGACCAGUUCAAGCAAUAAUGCAAGUCCAACAGGAUUUUUUCUAUUAUAAGACAGGAAUAUACAGACACGUUGCCAGCACAAAUGAAGAAUCAGAAAAAUACCGAAAACUUCGCACACAUGCAGUCAAACUCACUGGGUGGGGCACACUGAAAGGAGCACGAGGACAGAAAGAAAAAUUUUGGAUUGCUGCCAAUUCCUGGGGAAAGUCAUGGGGAGAGAACGGCUAUUUUAGGAUUCUUCGAGGAGUAAAUGAGUCUGACAUUGAAAAGUUGAUUAUUGCAGCUUGGGGCCAACUGACAAGUUCAGAUGUAGCAUAACAUAUCAUUAAAUUCCAAUAAGGCCAUGCAUUUAAUUAACCCCUAAAGUUGAAGUUUAGCAAUGUGCGGUUCAAUGUGACAGUGGAAUAUUUAUUUAUUCACACUGUUACUAUAUAGAGUGUAUGUAUUUU